UUCAACAUUAACCUAAAAAAGUAAGUUAGUUUUCAAAAAUGAAAAUGUCGCUAACUUUCCUAAGAAUCUAUUUAUCGCGGUCCUGUUUCCAUACUACUUGUAUUGAGAAUAGUUCCCGUCAAGUUGGAAAUGCAAUGCGGAAAAUCCUGGGAACUAAUAAAAAAAAGAAAUUCCAUUAUAAUGAUCAGGCUAUGGUAUCUCCUGAUGGUUUUACCAAUGGUUCAAUGCAAAAGAAACCUCCUAACUCUAGGCGAACCAGUGUUCUAAAUAAACUAUUCAUGAAACAUAUUUCAGACCAAAUGGCUACAGGAGAGUUUGCUUCUGAGGUGUUAGGGCAUGGAAUAGAAAUUAACAGAGUUAAAAUUGCACCUGAUUUCAAAAUAUUGAAUGUAUAUUGGACAUCUAGAACAGCUAAUGAUGACAAAAUCGAUCUUAUCCUGAAGCAGAAUGCAGGUGUUCUAAGACAUGAAUUGUCACAGUUAAGAGUUAUGGGAAAUGUUCCAAUUAUAUCAUUUGUCAAAGAUAAGCAAUAUGCUCAUAUGAGAGAUAUUGACAGGAGGCUUGCUGUUGCUGAUUUUGGUGAAGAUUAUGUGCCUGUAGACCCAUCAACAAAAUUCCAGGUUGAGACAGAAUUCUUUCUAUCAUUAGAACAGGAUUUGAGGGACAAAAUUGGUAAAUUGGAUGCUCAUCAAUAUGAUGAUGAUAAUAAUGAAUCAUCUAUACCUCCCAUGCCACAAGAUACUUUAGGAUUAGAUCAUGCAGCCAUCAUGGAUAGGAUCAAAAAAGGCAUGAAAAAAUCAGAAGCUUCUCACAGAUUUGGUAAUAAUGAUGAUAUUGAAAAAUUGGAAAAUGAAAGUUGGGCAAAAUUCAAAUUGAACCAGCCUAUUAACAAUGAUCCAGUAUCACUAAGUAAUAACAGGUCACAAAGGUCAGAAGCUUUUAGGGAGUUCCUACUACAGCGCCAAUUAUUGAAAAGGAGAGCAAAAGAAAAGAAUUACAAUCCUGAUUUGGAAUAUAUCAAAGAAGAACUAAGUGCCUCCGGACUGGAUGAUAUCAGUAGGUUUGAGUUUGGUGUGAUUCCUGAUCAAGAUUUCAUCAUAGAAGAUGAUGAUGAACAAGAAAAAUAAAUAUACUUGAAUGUAUUUACACUUGGAAAUAAGUAGUAAUUGGAGUAAAUAUUAGUACAAGUUAUUGUUUUUCAUUAAAACUGUUAUUUAUCCAAUAAGUAUACCAAGUUACUCUAUUCAUAUUCUGAUUUUUGUGUACAGAAUUUGAUGAAUUUUUC